GGCUCCUGUGUGGCGCCGCGGCGGGGGGCGGCCGGCGGCGGGCGGCCAGCCUGGGGGAGAUGCUGCGGGAGGUGGAGGCGCUCAUGGAGGACACGCAGCACAAGCUGCGCAACGCGGUGCAGGAGAUGGAAGCUGAAGAGGAAGGGGCAAAAAAACUGUCAGAAGUAAACUUUGAAAAUUUACCUCCCAACUACCAUAAUGAGUCCAAUACAGAAACCAGAAUUGGUAACAAGACUGUUCAGACUCAUCAAGAAAUUGACAAGGUUACAGAUAACAAAACUGGAUCAACAGUUUUUUCUGAGACAGUUAUUACAUCUAUAAAAGAUGGAGAAAACAAAAGAAAUCAUGAAUGUAUCAUUGACGAAGACUGUGAAACAGGGAAAUACUGCCAGUUCUCCGCCUUCGAGUACAAGUGCCAGCUCUGUAAAACCCAGCAUACACCCUGCUCGCGGGACGUCGAGUGCUGCGGGGACGAGCUCUGCGUCUGGGGCCGGUGCAGGAAAUCCACUGCGAGAGGAGAGAAUGGCACCAUUUGUGAGAACCAGCAGGACUGCAACCCCGGCAUGUGCUGCGCUUUUCAGAAAG